CUUGAUGGUGAAGUCUGAGCCGACGAAGCAAAGUCAAGUAGCAAAGAUGGCGGUAUCGGUGUUUCCCUGCGUGCGGCUGCGGUCCAUCGGGGACGCGAACGGAGAGAUCCAGCGACACUCCGAGCAACAGCCCCUGAGGUUGGAGGUUAAAAGCACCCCAGACACGGCUCUCUUAAAUCUCUCCAAUAGUGAUGAGACAUCAGUCUUCAAGUGUUCGUUGUCCAGGGAAACGGAAUGCAGUCGUGUGGGGAAACAGUCAUUCAUCAUCACACUGGGCUGCAACAGUGUCCUGCUACAGUUCUCCACACCUGCAGAGUUUACUUCCUUCUAUAACAUUCUGAAGAGUUGCCGGGGCCACAAUGCAGAACACUCAGUCUUCAGUGACAGGACAGAAGAGUCCUCUGCCGUGCAAUACUUUCAGUUCUAUGGCUAUCUCUCUCAGCAGCAGAACAUGAUGCAGGACUAUGUUCGGACCGGAACCUACCAACGUGCCAUCCUUCAGAACCACGGUGACUUUAAGGACAAGGUGGUGUUAGAUGUGGGCUGUGGUUCAGGUAUUCUGUCGUUCUUUGCGGCGCAGGCCGGAGCCAGGAAGGUCUACGCUGUGGAGGCUAGCACCAUGGCCCAGCACGCAGAG